GCCGCCGCGGUCAGCCCAGUCCCUGCCCGGAGUUGUCGGUGAGAGGAAUUCGGUAACAGGCUCUGUUAGUCUGUUCCUCCCUUAUUUGAAGGACAGGCCAAAGAUCCAGUUCGGAAAUGAAAGAGGACAACUAGUGGGCAACGUUGCCUUCAUCCAUUGAUAUCUCCCGGAGGCACGGAAGCCGGAUUCAUGAAGAUGUUGACAAGACUCCACGUUCUUACGUUAGCUCUGUUUUCAAAGGGAUUUUUACUCUCUUUAGGGGACCAUAACUUUCUGAGGAGAGAAAUUAAAAUAGAAGGUGACCUUGUUUUAGGGGGUCUGUUUCCUAUUAAUGAAAAAGGCACUGGAACUGAGGAAUGUGGGCGAAUCAAUGAAGAACGAGGUAUCCAACGCCUGGAAGCCAUGUUAUUUGCUAUUGAUGAAAUCAACAAAGACAAUUACUUGCUGCCAGGAGUGAAGUUGGGUGUACACAUUUUGGAUACAUGCUCAAGGGAUACAUAUGCAUUAGAGCAAUCACUGGAAUUUGUCAGGGCAUCUUUGACUAAAGUGGAUGAAGCUGAGUAUAUGUGUCCUGACGGAUCCUAUGCCAUCCAAGAAAAUAUCCCACUGCUCAUUGCCGGGGUCAUUGGUGGCUCAUACAGCAGUGUUUCCAUACAGGUGGCAAACCUGCUUAGGCUCUUCCAGAUCCCUCAGAUAAGCUACGCGUCCACCAGCGCCAAACUCAGCGACAAGUCGCGCUACGAUUACUUUGCCAGGACCGUGCCCCCGGACUUCUACCAGGCCAAAGCCAUGGCCGAGAUCUUGCGUUUCUUCAACUGGACCUACGUGUCCACCGUGGCCUCGGAGGGCGACUACGGGGAGACGGGGAUCGAGGCCUUCGAGCAGGAGGCCCGCCAGCGCAACAUCUGCAUCGCGACCGCCGAGAAAGUGGGCCGCUCCAACAUCCGCAAGUCCUACGACAGCGUGAUCCGCGAGCUGCUGCAGAAGCCCAACGCGCGCGUCGUGGUCCUCUUCAUGCGCGGCGACGACUCGCGCGAGCUCAUCGCCGCCGCCAGCCGCGCCAACGCCUCGUUCACCUGGGUGGCCAGCGACGGCUGGGGCGCGCAGGAGAGCAUCGUCAAGGGCAGCGAGCACGUGGCCUACGGCGCCAUCACGCUGGAGCUCGCUUCGCACCCCGUCCGCCAGUUCGACCGCUACUUCCAGAGCCUCAGCCCCUACACCAACCACCGCAACCCCUGGUUCCGGGACUUCUGGGAGCAGAAGUUCCAGUGCAGCCUCCAGAACAAGCGCAACGACCGGCGCCCGUGCGACAAGCACCUGGCCAUCGACAGCAGCAACUACGAGCAAGAAUCCAAGAUCAUGUUCGUGGUGAACGCGGUGUACGCCAUGGCCCACGCCCUGCACAAAAUGCAGCGUACCCUCUGUCCCAACACCACCAAGCUUUGCGAGGCUAUGAAGAUCCUGGACGGGAAGAAGUUGUACAAGGACUAUUUGCUGAAAAUCAACUUCACAGAUGAAGUGAUCUGUCCAAGGUUGGACAGGUGUCACUGACUAGUGACAGGAGCAAAGACUGAAAUCCAGG